AUGGAAGAAUUAAUCGUAAAACAUCUUGAUGAACCUCUUCCAUGUCAGUGGAACUUGAAAUGCGAAAAUAUCAAAAAGCAAGAGCAACAUUCUAAGGAAAAAUUCAUCGAACUCGUUGCAGAAUACACUGAAUUAAAUACUUUACAUGAUAUAUUUGGAAAAUUGGCCAAUAUUUCAAUCUCAACACUUGGCUUUUUCUCUAAGAUCACAUUAUACAAAAUAAAUUCAAAUUUGGCUCAACAAAAUUUCACUGCCGUAUCAUUAGUUAAUUUACCACCUACAAUCGUUUCAGAUAUGUAUGUUUUCCUCAUUGUAUACGGAGUAUUUGGUGAUUUGGCUUACAAAGACAAAAUAAUUUCUUUUGAAUUUUCCAGGUCAGGAACGAACUUCAGUUUGAUCAUUAUGUACAAUCUAAUGGAUUGCAAACUGAAUGCCACUAUAAUUGAGAGUUUAUACAAAUUUAUUGAAAUUCCUCGUUUUGUUGAAGCCUACGAUCCAGAAAAGUUCCAACCAUCAAUAGAUAUAAUGAUGAAACAGCCAUUACCAAGUACUUUCAAUCAGAAACUUGACGUUAAAAAUACUUUUGAUUCUGCAGUGAAUAUAUUAGCAAAACAACUCACUGAAGCUCAAGCAUCAUCCAAAUAA